AUGCCAUGUUCUACUAAGUGCCCUUCUACUCACCAACUCCUAACCAACCGGUUUCCAGCACUACAGAAUAUGGAUUACCUGGGAGAUUUCAUGCAAGCAUCUAUGGAUAUAAUGGCAAAAGACUCAAAGGAUACUCUCUCAGAAUUUAUACUCAUCACUUGGGGUUUUUGGAUCCGUCGAAACAAAAUGGUUCAUGACCAGCUGAACCUUCCACCACAACAAGUAAUUGCUACCACUUUAGCCAAAACACUCACUGCUGAAAUAGGUCUGUCCCUCAAUUACUUCCCUGGAUUGCUUCUCCACAAUUAUAGGUGGUCCGCACCACCUAAGAAAGCAUUAAAACUCAACAUUGAUGGCGCUCUAUAUUUUGACUCAAAUAAAUCUAGGAUUGGAAUCAUUUUACGAGAUCAAGAAGGAGAAACAAUUUUACCCGCUAGUGGUCCUACAAACACAAUCUUGGAGCCGGAACACAUUGAAGCUCAUGCACUGGUCAAAGGCCUACAACUGUGCCUCAACCUUGGAAUAUCUCACUUAGUGGUGGAAAGUGAUUGUUUGUUUCUUGUCAACAAAGUCAAUAAGUCAAACUCGUUCUCUUCAUCAAUCCGAUCUCAAGUUGCUGAAAUAAAAGAGUUAAUGCAGAUAUUUCCUCAAUGUAACCUUCAGUAUUGCAACAGACUAUAUGCUUUAAGAGGCUGGGAUACCAUGGGGGCUGAUAAUCUGGAUGGUGUAAACUACUUUCAUGUGAAGGUUAUCGGCCUCCUCUUCGUUGCAACCACAAGGAACAAUCUAUCACCUUCCCUUGUCUUGGAGCUUCUACAGAGGAUUGCACGUGUCAUUAAAGAUUACCUUGGAGUUCUCAGUGAAGAGUCAUUACGCAAAAAUUUUGUGCUUGUUUAUGAGCUGCUUGAUGAAGUUAUGGAUUUUGGUUAUGUUCAGACAACAUCCACUGAAGUCUUGAAAUCUUAUAUAUUCAAUGAGCCAAUUGUGGUUGAUACUGACCGCUUAUCAUCGCUUGGUCCUGCAGCCUUAUUUGUGCAAGGGGCCAAACGGAUGCCUGGAACGGCUGUUACAAAAUCUGUUGUGGCACAUGAACCUGGGGGUAGGAAGAGGGAGGAAAUCUUCGUGGAUAUAAUUGAGAAAAUAAGUGUCACUUUCAGCUCUAGCGGAUAUAUAUUGACUUCUGAAAUUGAUGGGACCAUUCAAAUGAAGAGUUAUCUGACUGGAAAUCCCGAAAUUAGAUUAGCUCUUAAUGAUGACCUGAGCAUUGGAAGAGGUGGGAGAUCUAUUUAUGAUCAUAGUGGUUCUUCUGGAUCAGGAUCAGUAAUCUUGGAUGACUGCAAUUUCCAUGAAUCUGUACAUCUUGAUAGCUUUGAUGUUGACAGAACUUUGACUCUGGUGCCAUCAGAUGGCGAGUUUCCAGUCAUGAAUUAUCGUAUUACUCAGGAAUUCAAACCUCCUUUCCGUAUUAACAGCUUAAUUGAAGAAGCUGGACCGCUUAAGGCAGAAGUCAUUCUAAAAAUUUAUGCCGAGUUUCCUUCAAGCAUCACUGCUAAUACAAUUGUAGUAGAGAUGCCACUACCAACAUACACAACCAGAGUUAAUUAUGAAUUGGAACCUGGAGCAGUUGGACAGAUGACUGAUUUCAAAGAGUCGAACAGGCGACUUGAGUGGAGUUUGAAGAAGAUUGUUGGUGGGUCUGAACACACUCUACGUGCGAAGCUAACUUGUUUUCAGGAGUCACAUGGUAAUAUCACCAAAGAAGCUGGACCUGUGAGCAUGACAUUCACCAUACCUAUGUAUAAUCCGUCAAGGCUUCAGGUAAAAUAUUUACAGAUAGCGAAGAAAACCAAAACUUCCAACCCUUAUCGGUGGGUGAGAUAUGUUACUCAGGCCAAUUCUUAUGUAGCUCGUAUAUGACAAAAGUCAUGCCCCUUCCCUGUUAAUGUAUUAACUUGCAUUCUUCAAUUUCUGUUUGGCGUUAAAAGUGGUGACUAUUGGCUACAUUAGCAUUUUCCUUCUUUUGACAACUCUCCCCUAACUUACCAUAGUUGAUGCCUUUGUGUGCAGCAUUAGUUAAUCAAUAAGAUUUGAACAUGAACUGUGAGCAAUGUAAUAACCUUUUGAUUGGUUGUUAAGCGAUAUUUUGUUCCUGGCCUA